CGCCCGGGGCCGCCCGGCAGCGGAAGGCGGCGGGACCCGACGCCAGAUCCGGGGCGGUGUCGGAAGCGGCGGCUUGUUGUGGUGGGGCAGAGAUGGUGUGCGAGAAGUGCGAGAAGAAGCUUGGUACGGUGAUCACUCCCGACACAUGGAAAGAUGGUGCAAGAAACACUACAGAAAGCGGUGGCCGCAAAUUAAAUGAAAACAAGGCACUGACCUCAAAGAAGGCAAGAUUUGAUCCUUAUGGAAAGAACAAGUUUGCAAUAUGUCGGAUCUGUAAGAGUUCUGUCCAUCAGCCAGGGUCUCACUAUUGUCAAGGAUGUGCCUAUAAAAAGGGCAUCUGCUCCAUGUGUGGCAAGAAGGUCUUGGAUACGAAGAACUACAAGCAAACUUCAGUCUAAUUGUAUUGAGUAGUCUUUUUAUGAACUUUAACUUCUGUGUCCUUGUACAGUAACUUUUCCCUAAAAUAAUUUGUGAAUAAUACUUUUUGGAAUAUAAUGCAGUUACUUGGAAUGAGAUGAGAGGUAAAGACAGCCUGAUGGUUUGCCUAAGAAUGUACAUAAUAUUUGAUUCUUGUUUUAGCAUUAAUGUUAGCUGAUGUUGAAAGCUAAUGGUUUGCAGCGACUGAUACAGUUCAAAGGGAAUGAGAAGAUCCUGGUGGAUAGGUUGAAACUAUGUUACCAUCAUAAGAGAGAUUUUUGAGAUUAACACUUUUAUUCUUUUGGCCUAUCACUAGUCUUCUGCUUGUUUCAUAGUUAUAUUUUAUAGAUGUAUAAAAUAUGAGCUUGUAUCACCUCAUUAAAAUAUCUUCAUUCAGUUCUA